AUGGAUGUUCACAUAGGGUCCUCUCCUCCAUACUCUGGUUGCAUGGUGACAGCCCAAACCUUUGGCCAAGGGGUCGCUUUAGAGGCCAGCGUACCUGAUGACAAAAUUUUGGGUUCUGCUGAUGACACUGAAUUGGUCCCUGCUGAAUCGUUGCAAGUUGCUCUAGGUGGUGAUCCUUUACCGAGCCAUCAGUUGAUCUCUCACGACUUGGGAGUCGCCUCCUUCUUCUCCAACUUCCAGGCGUUGGUCGAUGAGAUGUCUAGUCAGCUGAGGUCGCAGGGCGCUUCUGUCCCAGAAGGAGCUUUGUCUCUAGCGCGUUGGAAUCUGGUGCUGCUUCAGCGGCGUGUUUCUGACUUAGAGGCGGCGAAUGCUGAUAUGACUCGGCAGUAUUCUGAUCUUGAAGAAAAACUCUCUCAAGGUCAAGCUGCUUUGGUCCCGCGGUGCUCUGAUCUUCAGGAAAAGUAUUCCCAAAGUCAGACUGAGCUGGCCCAAGUUUCUUCUUCUCUGAAUGAUGCUAACACGCUGAACUCUACUCUUCACGCUCAGCUUGACUCUGAAAAGGAAGAAAAACGUGCCCUUGUUACUUCUCGUGACAAUCUUGACAGGCUAUACCGUGACUCUAGCAACUCGCUGACCAUCUUGGAGAGGAGUCAUCGCUUUACCAGGGAGGAGUUACACAAUCUUCGUUAUAAGCUGCAAGAAUCCUUGGAUGACAUGAUUCGCCUCAGACAGUUGAUAUCAGUCAAAGAUGUUGUCAUCAAGAAUCUGUGUGCUUCUAAGAAAUCCGUCGCCCAGGAGCUAGAGGCCGCUCAGUUGGCUGUCAAGGUUGCUGAAGAGACUUCCGCCACUCUGAGGGCCCAGCGCGAUAAAGCUAUGGAUAAAGCUAUUCGCGCGGGGCAGAUUCUAAUGAGGAGACCUGGUGUGGUUGUCCCUGACGAUAUAGUGGCAGAUGUGAACGCCGCUCCUGAUUCUUCCAGUCGUCCUUCUUCGUCGGUUGCUCCUGAAAAGAACGUUGCAAAAUAG